AUGGUCUGGUUCAAGUUUCAAAACCACCCGUUCUGGCCAGCCGUGGUGAAGAGCGUCAGCCCGGCAGAGCAGACCGCCAGGGUGCUUUUGAUCGAGGCCGACAUGCCCCGGGAGAGCAGCGGCAUCCGCGUCCCUCUGCGGAGGCUGAAGCACCUGGACUGUGCAGGGCGAGAGAAGCUGCUGGAGCGAGCCCGGAAGGUGUACGGGCAGGGCGUGAACUGGUGCUUCUCCCUGAUCUGCCACUACCGAGACGGGCUGGGCCGCGGCUCCUUUGCGGGCUCCUUCCUGGACUACUUCGCCGCCGACUGCAGCUACCCGCUGAGGAGAGCCAUCCAGGAGGGCCCCCUGCGCGUGGACUUCCCGAAGGUGAACUACGCCGACCUGGAGGAUUCCGAGGACGAGGCCGCCCUGGGCGGGAGGAAGAUCCUCCCGGACCGCAUGCGGGCUGCCCGCGACCGAGCCAACCAGAAGCUGGUGGACUUCAUCGUGAGGAGGAAGGGGGCCGACCCCCAUCUCCUGGACAUCGUCAAAGGCAGGAAACGCUCCAGGUGGCUGGCAUCGUUUCUCAGGUCGGGCAGGUACGUGAUCUGCGUGGAGACCUACCUGGAGGACGACGAUCAGCUGGACGUCGUGGUGAGACACCUGCAAGACAUCUACCGGGAGAUAGACAGGAACGUGCUGGCUCUGACCCGGGACGACAAGGUGAGCUUCGUCCUGGAGGUCCUUCUGCCCGAAGCAAUCAUCUGCUCCAUCGCCGCCCUGGACGGACUGGACUACAAGCAGGCGGAGCAAAAGUACCUGCAGGGGCCCCCCGUGCGUUACCGGGAGAAGGAGCUCUUUGACCGCAAGGUCCUGAGGGAGCUCAGCAAGAGGUCCGCCAGGAGGCUCAGGGCUAAAUGA